GCAUCCUUUAUCCCCAGAUAAAAUCCAGAAUGAAGACAUGAGUGGAAGCUUCAGGAAUCAAGGAAAACCUAAGAGGGAGAAAGGCAGCCAUGUGGUCAAGAAGAGGGACAAACCCAUUCCUUGCCAAGGGGGGGAUUUCCAAGAAGCCAUUCACAUGGUGGAGGAAAAAGACAAGGGCUUGGAGUGUGGAAGGAACAUCUCAGAUCAAACCCAAUAUAAUAUCCAUUUAGAAAUGCACAGUGGAAAAAAGACCCAGUCCCUGGAGAGUAGAAAGAAAAUGAUUUGCAGAGCAGAGCUUUGUAGACAUCAAAUAAUACAUACAGGAAAGAAACCUUAUAGGUGUUCAGAUUGUGGCAAGAGUGUUCCAGAGAAAUCAGACUUUGUUCAGCACCAAAGGAUUCACUCAGGAGAGAAGCAGUUUAUCUACUCAGACAAUGGAAUGGUGUCCUCUGGUGAAAAAAAGCAUAAUCUACACUUCCCAAAGCCCAGUAUAAUGAAGGCACAUAAAUGCUUUCAGUGUGGAAAGUACUUCAAAUAUAGAACACAUCUCAUUGUGCACCAAAAGGUCCACAGAGGGGAGAAACCGUUUGAAUGCUCAGAGUGCAGGAAGAGAUUCAGUUCCAAUAGCCUUCUUCGAAGACAUUUAGGAACCCACUCAGAGGAGAGGCCCUUUGAAUGCUCAGAGUGUGGGAAGAGAUUCCGUUCCAGUGGCCAUCUUAAAGAACAUCGACGAACCCACACAGGGGAGAAGCCUUUUGAAUGCUCAGAGUGUGGAAAGAGAUUCAGUCAGAGUAGCCAUCUUCAAAAGCAUCAAGUAACCCACACAGGAGAGAAGCCCUUUGAAUGCUCAGAGUGUGGGAAGAGAUUCAGUGACACUUGUGGUCUUCAAAGUCAUCUAAGAACCCACACAGGGGAGAAGCCCUUUGAAUGCUUAGAAUGCGGGAAGAGAUUCCGUCGGAGUGACGGUCUUCAAGAGCAUCAACGAACCCACACGGGAGAGAAGCCCUUUGAAUGCUCAGAGUGUGGGAAGGCAUUUAGUUCUAGUAGCAGUCUUCAGAAGCAUCGACGGAUCCACACAGGGGAGAAGCCCUUUGAAUGCUCAGAGUGUGGGAAGAGAUUCAAUCACAGUUGUGGUCUUCAAAAUCAUGUAAGAACCCACAGAGGGGAGAAGCCCUUUGCAUGCUCAGAGUGUGGGAAGAGAUUCAGUCACAGUUGUGGUCUUCAAAAUCAUCUAAGAACCCAUACAGGGGAAAAGCCUUUUGAAUGCUCAGAGUGUGGGAAGAGGUACAGUCUCAGUGGCAGUUUGCAACAGCAUCAACGGACCCACACAGGGGAGAAGCCCUUUGAAUGCUCCGAGUGUGGGAAGACAUUUAGUCGAAGUGGCUAUUUUCAAGAGCAUCAAAGAAUCCACACAGGGGAAAAGCCUUUUAAAUGCUCCGAGUGUGGGAGGACAUUUAUUCAGAGAAGCCACUUACAACAGCAUCUAAGAACUCAUACAAGGGAGAAACCCUUUGAAUGCUCAGAGUGUGGGAAGACAUUCAGUCGGAGAGCCUCUCUUCAGCAGCAUUUAAGAACCCAUACAGGGGAGAAGCCCUUCGAAUGCUCAGAAUGUGGAAAGAAAUUCAGUCUCAGUGGCAUUUUUCAACAGCAUCAACGAACCCACACAGGGAAUAAUCCCUUUGAAUGUUCAGUGUGUGGGAAGAGAUUCAGUCUCAUUGGCAGUUUUCAACAGCAUCAACGAACCCACACAGAAGAGAAGCCCUUUCAAUGCUCAGUGUGUUGGAAGAGAUUUAAUCGGAGUUGCAAUCUUCAACAGCAUCAACAAACCCACACAGGGGAGAAGCCCUUUGAAUGCUCACAGUGUGGGAGGAGAUUCCGUCAGAAAUGCACUCUUCAACAGCAUCAGAGUAUCCACACAGGGGAGAAGCCCUUUGAAUGUUCAGACUGUGAGAAAACAUUCAGUCGGAGAGCCACUCUUCAACAGCAUCAAAGAACCCACACAGGGGAGAAGCCCUUUGAAUGUUCAGAGUGUGGGAAAAGAUAUAGUUGGCAUGGCAGUUUUCGACAGCAUCAGCGAACCCACAGAGGGGAGAAGUCCUUUUGA